CACUGGGUGCCGCUGUGGUGCCACGACGACCCAAGGAGCACGGGAUUGAAAAAGUGUCGGUACUGUGCUGUGAGACAGUCAAACCAUAAUGGCGACUGCUGGAAUAGCAGACCCGGGAUCGACAGCCCCGACAGGCACCAGUGGCGUCUUCAAGGGGGGCUCUUCAGAGAUGCCUGGCUCCUCAGCUCAGGUUAUGAAGAAGACCAUUGGACACCGGGGAGUUGAGACCACCACCGGAGAGACCACCUACAAAAAGACAACAUCCUCUGCUCUAAAAGGUGCCAUUCAGUUGGGCAUCACUCACACGGUCGGCAGUUUGAGCCAAAAGGCGGAGAGAGAUGUGCUCAUGCAGGAUUUUGUGGUUGUUGAAAGUAUUUUCUUCCCCAGUGAAGGCAGCAACCUGACUCCAGCUCAUCACUACAGCGACUUUCGUUUUAAGACCUACGCUCCCAUCGCCUUUCGUUACUUUAGAGAGCUGUUUGGAAUUCGGCCAGAUGACUACCUGUAUUCGCUGUGUAACGAGCCACUGAUCGAGCUCUCCAACCCCGGAGCCAGUGGAUCGCUCUUCUAUGUCUCCAGUGACGACGAAUUUAUUAUCAAAACUGUUCAGCACAAAGAGGCAGAGUUUCUCCAGAAACUGCUUCCUGGAUACUUUUUGAACAUAAACCAAAACAAGCGGACACUCCUGCCCAAGUUCUACGGACUCUACUGCGUUCAGGCGGGGGGCAAGAAUAUUCGUAUCUGUGUGAUGAACAAUCUGUUGCCCCGGAUAAUCCCCAUGCACCUCAAAUAUGACAUGAAGGGCUCCACCUAUAAGAGACGAGCAUCGCCCAAGGAGAGGGAGAAGGCUGUUCCCACAUACAAAGAUCUAGAUUUCAUCCAGGAUAUGCCUGAUGGCCUACAGCUGGAAUCAGACAACUACAACGCCCUAAGCAAGACUAUACAGAGGGACUGUCUGCUCUUGCAGAGUUUCAAAAUCAUGGACUACAGUCUGCUGAUGGGUAUUCACAACAUGGACCAGGCCAGCCGGGAACGAGAACGGGCUGGAGGCUAUCCGGUAGACAGCGGGGUGUCGGAGGGAGCAGUGACCCCAGAUCAGCGCCGGCCGCAAGCCCAGAAGAGUCUUUACUGUACAGCCAUGGAGUCCAUCCAAGGGGAGGCUCGGGGAAAGGGAGCUUUGGAUUCAGAAGACCACAUGGGAGGCAUUCCAGCUCGUAACGCAAAAGGAGAGAGGUUACUCAUCUACAUUGGCAUCAUUGACAUCCUCCAGUCAUACAGAUUCGCUAAGCGAUUGGAGCACUCCUGGAAGGCCCUGGUGCAUGAUGGGGAUACGGUUUCGGUUCACAGACCCGGCUUUUACGCAGAGCGCUUCCAGCAUUUCAUGUGCAACACAGUGUUUAGGAAAAUCCCAUUAAAGCUUUCCCCAUCUAAGAAGAGCCGUAGUGGAGGUCAAGGGGGACUUAGGAGAGUCCCCACUCUGGGAGCUCCCACUGCGCUCUCCCACGCAACAGGGCAGUUGGCUAUGGACCCCAGACUUGUUUACCACCCCCAUUUUAAAAGCACAGAGUCAGAGACUGACACUGUCCUGCCAGGCAGACCAGAUCUGGUUCCCAACUCAAAGCUGCUGCAAGACAACGCAACUGAAUGUGAGGCCAACCUGUCCACCUCAUCAGUAGGCAGUCUGGAAUUUACUUCCUCUCCUCCUCUAAGGUCUGUGGGGGUGGAGGUGCACAAAUCUGCAAACACAGACUACGACCAGGGUGCUUUUCACAGUUUCGAGGUUGAAGGCAGUGCAGACAAUUCAGCCAAUCUUUCUGGAAGUGAAGAUAUAGUUUCGCUAUCUGACAUCAUCCCUGAGACGACCAUCAAUUUUUAAAAAACAAAGUGAUAUGUGAAGAGGAUAUGUGCCUAGAAGAGAUGAGGCAGGCAGACGUAAGGAUAAGGAGAGCGAAAGCCUUCACGUCCACCUGAGACCCCCUGCACUACCAUUUAAACUCACAAUGGACGCACACCCGACGAAGCAGCGACGGUUGAGACGAAGACGAGCAAUGAUGGGCCACAACACGUCCGUGUUUGCGUGUAUGUAGUCUUUCCCAGCCGUCAACACUGUCACUGUGUGCGCUCACACAGAUCCAUUUCCCAAAAGUCAUUUUCCCCCCAGAACUAUACGAAUUUGAGUUGGAACCACAAUUCCUUUAUUAUUUUAUUGAUAGUUUUUUUUUUACUCGUAGUCUGCUAAAAGCAGCAGUGCAUCAGGAGAUUAGUCAAAUGAGGACAUCGUGUUUUACAAUGAAAAUGAGUCACUAUUUUUUGUGUGGGUACAGAGCAGUACGUCUGAGAGGGAUCAUAGUUGUUUAUUUUUUCAUCCUGUUGCAGCACAUCAACUCGCCCUUGGUACUCACCCCACUCUCUAGUUAUUGGAGGUUUUCAUAUCAACACUGUCAGUGCAAUCACAUUUUAGCUCUCAAGUUGUGGAGGGAUGGCCCUAACCUGAGCAAAGCAGUCAGGUUUUACGCCACCGUGGUGCUGCAAACUGUGUGGUUACUCGUCGCCACUGCUGAAUGUACACGUUUCCACAUAGAAUGUGUCUUAUUAACCUAGAAGAAAGCGAUGAAAGUCUCCGCCUCUCAUGAUUUUGACCAUAUGUGCUAAAGGUUUGAUGUGAAUGGCGAGAAGAGCUGUUGGCAGCUUUCCUCUCUGAUGAAGUACUAAGCAAACCAUUUCCAGCUGCGACCAAUUUUAUAUUGUCGUGUCUGUCCCUAUUUAUGCGUUACCGUCCCCUAAACUGACGUUUUCUUUUACACACGCAUGCCUUAUCACUACAGACUAUCAGCUGCAUGUCGUCGUCGGCGACUCAUUAUCCUGGGUUUGAAAUACAUUUAAAUGCAGACUGUACAACUCCUUACUCCUGUUAAAACCACACUGAAAAUAAUCAAGUCAAAAUGGUAUGGCAAUAAAGUGUGAAUAUUACAAGUAAAAAAAAAGUCUCAAAAUUUCCUACGCGAAGACAAACAGUGGAGACUAGCAGCCACUUUCUUUAGUGAGAGGUAAUUUAUUUAUCAGGUGUUGAUACUUUAUUAAGUAUGUGUACAGUAGUUAGGAAUUAAAUCAAGUCAACACAAGUACGUACUGCUUAUCUCAGGAACCCACAAUGACGUUAGAACAGCAGCAGAGAAAGGACAAGUCGUCAUCAGCCGCAUAUGUACAGAAAUAUAUGGUUGUCAAUAGCAGUUCAAUUCAGAAGAUUUGUGUAAACAUUUAUGUCCUCCAGGGUAGUCCUGACGAAACAUAAUUGAGAAACAGUACAUUAGUGUUCAUACUGAUCAAUGCCGUGGUGCAUCCCUGCAACAGCACCACAACCCUCCAAAAAGAUCAAUAUAAUUGUGUUUUGUAUUCUAUAUAGGGCCAGAUCACAACUGAAGUUAUUUAAGUGUACAUUCCGUAUAAAACAGGCCUAUACCAUUUUAUUUUAUGUAAUCCACUAAAUGCCCUCAAUUGCGAGAUGCAGGGAACCUUUUUGAUCUCGGGACCCAACUUUUCAACUACAGAGGGGUCCGGGCCCCACCCAAAUAUUAACACUGAAUUAGUAAUCUGUCUUGAUUUUUGUCAUAGUCAAUCUUUAUAUCUAACCUACUUACAGUUUACAACCUUAUCAAGUGAUAUGAAACCAUGUGUUAAACCAACAGGAUUAUUAUUCAUUAACACAUAAAACUUAGGCUUGAGUCAGGCUGAUUAGAAAAAUAAGUAUUAAACAAAUAUACUGCGUAAGAAAGGACUCACAAAUUAACUUACGUAGAAUUAUGUUUUUAUUAACUUAAUUAAUAGAUAGGUUUCUUAAUAAACUCAAUCAAAUUAAAAUGCAAACGAAAAUACAGCUUCACCACUUCAGUCAUCAUUUUUGCGCUUAAGAAACUUCUAUGAAUUAAGCUCGCCACUUCUGUUUUGGUUUUUUUGUCAUUACUGCCACAAGUGGUGGAAAAGUAUUACACCUGAGUGCCAUUGCUGCCAAUAUGGACCAAAGUUGAGAAAUACAUCAUUUUUGGAGGUCCUCUUGGGGGUGCUAGUGACCCAACGAUAGACCACAGCCCUAUGUUUGAGAAACACUGAUAUAAUUUACUGUCAUAUUACAUUGCUAUCUUAAAAUGCUCAAAAAAAUUAAUGCACAAAAUUACAACUUUUUCAAUCCUACAAUCACAACUUUUUACUAUUACAGAUUUGUGUAAAAUUGAAACUUUUUCCAUUGUUACGAUUAUAUUCUUGUUAAAAAUGCUACCACUCACUACAUUGUCAAAUCACUAAUAUUUUUCCUCGUUAAAUAACUUAAUUCUAAUAUUACAUUACAAGCUUGGAAUUACCAAUUGAAAUGUUAAUGCAUAAAAUUACGACUUUGUCAUAACAUCACAACUUUUAUUUGGAUUACAGCUUUGUGUAUGUACAAUGUUUACUUUUUUUUGUAAAAUUCUGAUUAAUGGUAAUUAAUUAACUCAUGUAAAAUUAUGGCUUUUUCCUCAAUCACUCUAAACAUAACUGUUGCAAAAUUGCUUUUUGCACACCACAUUGUUUUGUUAAUCUUAAUUGUAUUUCCAUUUUUAUAAACUUUUGAAAAAUGGCUAUCCUUGAGAAUUUUUCUCUCAUAAUAUUCUGACUUUAUUCUCAUAUAAGGCAGUUUUCCCUUCAUUUUCAGUGUGGCUUAAACUCCUUUGUACUUUGGGUACUUUUUUUAAGGAUCAGAAUGUCAUGAUGUACGAGGGCAAUUUGGAAUAUUCACAAAUGCAAUUUUAAUUUGGAAAUCCUUUGCAAGGAGUUCUGUGUGAUGAAUAGUCUGCUCACUCUGUUGAUUGCAACAUUACAUUCAAAUCCUCCACACUGGUCUUUCAAUGCUGUGUUUCCCAACCCUUAUUAUUCUAUGGCACAUAUUUUUAUCAGUUAAAAAAAAAUCUUGCAGCAAACCACCAAAAAACAGUGUCAGACAUGAUUAUUUUAAUUAUGUAACUUCUGCCAUCUAGUGGAAGAGCAUUGAAUUGUUCUGCCUGUCACCAUACAUCACUGCCAUUGACCAUGAUACACUAUUUGUAGUAAGUAACAAUUUUCAGACCAAUUAAGUGAAAUUGGAUCAUUAAUCGUGGCACAAUACACUUAACGUGGUUGGGAAUCACAGCUAUAAGGCAACAGAUGACUGAUAGACUCAAUCUAAUGUUGCUCAUUUCUGCUGGUUACAGAAAUGAUGGCACCUGCGUCCACUCCUGGACCAACUACUAAAAAUUAUGUGUAUAAGUAGUUUUGGUUCUCAUUUAUUUUAUGUAGUCUUCUUUAUAUGCUUUUGCAUUCAUGCUGUUACUAUUUCAGAGCACUAAAUAACACUUGGAGCUGGCCUUUUUAUUUUUAUUUUUAAAUUUACAGCAGUGAAAGAUUUCACAUACGCUCACUGUACAAUUUGUGACUUUAUCUCAUCUGCUGUAAUUUUAACUACAUGUGGUCUUUGCAGCAGGGAACUUUAUGGACUGAAACUAAACAAAAAAAUAUCCCGUUCAAUGCACAUUUUGUUUUUCAAGUCAGUCACUGCACCAAAGAGAGGAAGAGUUUUGCAAAAGGCUCACAGUAGUUCAGGAUAUAUUUAACAUUGGCUGUAUUCGACAUUUGCAACUUUUCAGACGUCUGUACACUACCUGUUUAAAAAUGAUGUGAAAAUACCAUGUCAUGAGGUUGCUGUAUUUUAGAAAGAAACUGCACUUUUUUGGAAUUAUGCCUAUCAUUUACAAUCCUUAUGUAAGUACAGAACAUGUAUGUUUCUCUUUUUUUAAUGCAUUCUAACUUGUAAAUAAACACUGGCAAAAGUGAGCUAGCAAUGGAGGUAAUGGGAUUUGCUCUCUUGUGCCUAUAAAGCGCUCUAAUAACAUCCAUUAAUUGAUAUGAAACUGAUUAGAUAAUGUAGUAACAGGCAAAUCUAUAAUAACAUGUAAUAUUUACAUAUUUUGGUCAUUUUAAACAUACGGCAGCAUAUUAUUUCACAGAUGCAUCAGAAAGUUCACUAUUUCCUUUAACAACAACUACUACUGAUCAUGGCAGACUUCAUGAGCGCCCAGAUCAGCUACUUUGGGACAAAUGAUGAUCAGAAACUUAAAUAUUUUUCAGCUCAAAUAUACAGAGGAUGAACAAGAGGUCUUAGAAGCUGAGUGGUAAUUAGAUCCAGGAAGUAGCAUAUUUGCUAAACUAGAAAUACAAACUACGGACAUAAAACAAGCACUUAGUGUACAAUGUCUGCUCUUUCUGAUGCUGACUGAUGGGAUGUUUAUAUAUUUUUGUCUAGAUGAAGAAUUAAUCAUAAUCCCCACGUCGGUAAAAGGACAUUUAAAAAAAAAACAACACAUAUUUUCAUGUAUUUCUUGUCCUCUUUGAAUGUCAAAGUUGAUUAACUUUUCAGUUUAUGAUCCCAACCUUCUACUAUACAAGUAAAAGGCAUGAUUUAUAAUAUCUAAAUUAACUACUACUAACUCGGAGGUGAUGCAAAAGCUCACCGGUUCAGUCUGCCAAUAGUGUCACAAGCUAGUUACCUCUCUGUGAUCCCAGCGUUGCAAAAAGUAGGUCCUCAGCGGUGGCGCUUAUAAUACAAUAUCGCUAAUACUUGGUUAAUGUUCAGGUCACGAGAUGUAAAUGGAGUGUUGUUGUCGGUUUUUGUAUGUUUUUUCAGAGGGCUUGGACACAUGAUAUUACUCCGUUAGCUGCAUUGUGAUCAACCUCGCACUUGGUGUUUUCUUACAAAUUAUAAUGCAUCAAAGUCAAUCAAUCAAUCAAUCAAUGUUUACUUAUAUAGCCCUAAAUCACUAGUGUCUCAAAGGGCUGCACAAACCACCACGACAUCCUCGGUAGGCCCACAUAAGGGCAAGGAAAACUCACACCCAGUGGGACAUCGGUCUCGUCUUACAUAGGGAUUGUGAAUGAUAAGUAAAAUUCCCCCCAAAAAGCUGCAGUUCCCCUUUAAGCUUAUCUUUGCUUUUGUUUGUAUGGCACUCCCGAAUAUCGGCAACGGUCGGUUAAGAGAACUUCACAUGGUCUUACAAAAUUUUCACAUCACAACUUUAGUAAGUAUGUGUAUGACAGCGCAUCUGUAGUUGAUUCAGUACUGUUUGUCGCGGAUUCAUCCAAAUACAGCCGCAAAUUGUUUUCUGGGAUGUAAGAAUUGUUUCUAAACCAAUGGGAAUAUUUUGACACUUGCUACUUAAUGAAAAGCUGUUUUGUACAGAAAGGGCCGUUUUUACACCGGAUUCCUAAUAUUGAUCCAAUUGUUUACCGUUUGCAAAAAACAUUAGCAAGUUGAGGAGGGCGUGUCUCUGCAGCUCAAAGUAGUGUGUGUGACUUUUAUUCAUGAAUACACUAAGACAAAAAUAUGUUUCACGAUUUGUAUAAAGGCUAAAAAGAAGUCAUGUGUACUUACAGAUAAAAUGUUUUUUAUUGUUGUGCUAUUAAUGGUGUGUAUUAUGUGUGUAUCAUUUCAGCUGGUUCUCAUUACAAUAUGCCUUUUGCUCCAUUCUUAAAUGUUUUGUUUUGAUUAAUUUUAUUUCUUCAGUGUGCUGCGGUCCAAAAAAAACAAAAGGCCACUCGGCCGCACUUUAAACCUCCCUGCUUUUAUGGCUCCUCCUCAGGGUUGAGUGCGUGAUGUAAUGUUAGCGUAUUUAGAAAACCAUGGUAAUUAGCGAGAGACGAGGAGUGUCAUUGCAGUUGGAACUAAUCAAAAAUUCUUAUUGCGACGUUAAACGUUGAUCCAAAGUUGGUGGAGGUGGGCUGUACGCCCUCUGAACGUGUUACCUACUAACUGGUCAAGCUCUUAGUCAGUGACAGCUGAGAUAUUUGGUUCCACCCAUGAUUAACCGCAGCAAUGUAGACGUGGUCUAGGAGCAGGCUGCUAUAUCCGAGAAUGUUGGCCUAAAGGAGAAGAAUGCAGAUUCACUUGAUAUUAGGAGAAAGUUACUAUAGUGCUCCCCUGCAUGGGAUCCAAGAUCAUUUUAAAAGACCUUGAAAUGAGAAGGAUAGGAUCCCUUUAUGGAUCCAUUUUCAAACUGGAUUGGUUUUGCUAUUUAGUGUAAGUCUCAGAAGCUACACACUCACUAUUUUUAUUCUGUCAAAUGAGAUAUUGAUCAGCACACUCCUGUAAAAUGUACAAGAUAAUUUUACACUCCAGGAUUUUGCGAUGUUGCUAUCAUUUCUCGCAAAUUCAACCAAUCCCCACAAAUUAUGCUCGGCGUUGCAAUUUUGGCUAAAAUGUGCGGGAAUUGGACAAUCAUCGUUUUUGACCAUGUAAUUUGUCCCUGAGCAGUGCUUAGACGUGCACGUUAACUCUCUAACUAGCUACUUGACUGGCACCAGACUGGCCUUUGAGUUCAGUUCAAAACUUGCGAGAAAGUAACCUUUUUGCCGCAGAUUACGAAAAACAAAAGCUGAUCGGUGACUAAAGCUAUUCUAAGGUACGUAAAGUAGAGGCCAAAAGUUUGGACACACCUUCUCAUUCAAUGUGUUUUUUUUAUUUUCAUGACUAUUCACAUUGUAGAUUGUCACUGAAGGCAUCAAAACUAUGGAUGAACACGUGGAGUUAUGUACUUCACAAACGGUGAAAUAACUAAAAACAUGUUUUAUAUUCUAGUUUCUUCAAAAUAGCCACCCUUUGCUCUGAUUACUGCUUUGCACACACUUGGUAUUCUCUCAAUGAGCUUAAAGCACACCCGUGUAGUGAAAACCAUUUUAGGUGACUACCUCCUGAAGCUCAUCGAGAGAAUGCCAAAAGUGUGCAAAAAAGUAAUUUGAGCAAAACGUGGCUAUUUUUUUUCACUUUUUUUGUUAAGUACAUGACUCCACAUGUGUUACAUUCAUAGUUUUGAUGCCUUCAGUGACAAUCUACAAUGAAAAUAGUCAUGAAAAUAAAGAAAUGAAUGAGAAGGUGUGUCCAAACUUUUGGCCUGUACUGUAGGUCUUUAAAAAUAACAAAGUGCUACUGUUGUAUAGAAGAUCUUGGACCAGUUUAAACUAAUUGCUUGUGUUUUGAUUUAGAACUACCUAUUUGUUGAAGUCAAACUUUCACAUUUGGCCCCCUAGUCCAUAGCUUUCUGGAAAUUUGCCCCCCAAAACUAUUUAGUUGAGUAGCCUUGGUCUAACUAUUCUAGCCCACAGCUAAGCUAGCUGGCAUCCGUUACAUUAAGCACAACCUCAAUGGUCUAGUCAACAACACUCCGGGACGUAAAAAAAAAACCUGUCAAAAUAUAACCACAUGGUGUCAAAGAUUCUUUGUGAUUUAACCCUUGUGCACACCUACGGCCCAAAAUGUCCAAAAUGUUCAUUUAAUAUGUUUAGUUUAAAGGUUGGCGGUCCGAAAUUAUCCCAGGGAGUUUUUCACCAAUUUAUAUCAUUAUUGUAUAAUUUUUUGGGAUUGUAACAUUGUAGUAAAAGAUAUAAACAAAUUAUGCACACUCUUUCUCAAAGCAGUCAUGAUAUGAUUUGUUUUCUACAUGUAAAAUACUUCCUCGCGGGCUACAUAACAUGUAAUGAUGGGUUUUUGGUUAAAAUUUUGCAUAGAAGAUGUUUUACAGACCAUAUUCAUGCCGCUUUCUGACCAUCUCCUCGGGAUGCGCAGUUUUGUUGGCGGUCUUAUUUAUGUGGCUCCACUUCAACUGCGUCUUUUACACGUCAUUGUUGUAUUCUUCAGCGCUUCCAUAUACUGACAGAUAUAAAUGAGAAUUGUACGUUAUUUUGUAUUAAAAACUGCAACAGCGGAGGUUGCAUGUGCAUGUAUAAGCCAGUCUCCCCCUCAACAAGGGAAUAGAGAAAAUGAGGGAGCUUAGUGACCACAAAGCUUCUCGGGUAUAACAUUACCAUACUGUACAUGGAUAAUCCGCUGAUGUCACCAGUGGGGAAAACAGAUCAGUUUGUAGAAGUAUAAAGGCAGGUGAGAUUGUUUGAUAGAAAUCUCCGGAAUGCCUACACGGUUUGAUUUCACAUUUCUUGGACUUAUACACAGCAGGUACCAAUAGAUUAAAAAAACGUUAUUUUACAUAUGGCAUCUUUAAUCCCUCAUUAUACCCCUAUUGUAACUGUUUAAGACUGCAAUCAUGGUAUAUUAUUGUACUUUUGCCAUGAAACCCGAAUGAAUCUCAUUCUAGCCAAUGAAAACAAAAAGAUAAAAAUGAUGUAAUUGUGCCCUUUAACCGACAGAUAGCCCCAGAAAACCAUGUGCAUAAUUAUCAGAGUUUUGUUGAGCGUAAAUGAGUUAAUCUGUAUUAAACCACUGAAAAGCAAUACAAAUAAUAUAAAAAUUAAAGGUUAAUUUCUUGCUGAUGUAUGACACUGUUGUGCACGGGUCCCCUGUGGGUCCUAAGUGUGUACAGUCAAUCCUAAGGUUGCACAAGGGUUAAAAAACAAGAACCAUUUGCAUGACGAUUACAAGUCGAUGCAAUAUUGUUGGAAAACAAAAUAAGCCUCAACAUCUUUAGCACACCUUUUUGAAAAAGCUGACACGAAUUCAGGCACCAGUCUCACAAAAACGCCUGCGAAAACCUGAAAGGGCUUUGAUUGACUACAUUGGUGGUAGCUUGUAGGUCUGUUUUUUGUCUAGUCCUUGCUGUUAAGACCAAAAUGAGUAGAAAAAGUUGGAUUUCGUUUACGUUUAAUUAUAAAUGUUUUGGUUCCAUUUUGUGUUGCGUUGACUGACAGUUCUGUCUGCAAUGCAUGGUGUCCCAAACCUAUUUCAGCCCAAUUUAAAAAUGUGAUGUUUGACCCUUGACCCAUUUUGAGUCCCAACUAUUAGUUUUUUUAACCCUAAUCUAAUUUAUGAAUGCAUUCUCUCCUGCACCCACACCACAUCCUCCUAUGGUGCUUCCAUGUUUGGACACUACAUUUUUGUUAAGAGCCAAUGCAAUAUAAACCACAAUCUGCCAGCGCUCACUAUACGUAGAAGUAUAUUUAUUUAUAGGCUUGAAUUGAAAAUGUUGUACUGUGUAGAAGGAUUCCUGAAACUUUUAUCAAUACAUGAAGAGGACAACUUUUUUGUUUUGUUUCAGAUUGUGAUACGAUAAAAUAGAAUUCUAUUCUCUCCACGGUGGGUUGUUAAUCUCCCACACUUUUUUUCUACAUGAAUGUUUUACAUGAGCCGAUUGUUGCUGGUUGAUUCAAUGACUAUAUUUCUACAAGAUGUGUAUACAAAAAAUGUGUAUAGUGUACAUAGAAGUCACUGAAAUGCCUUCUCAUGCAAAAUGUGUUGCCUGUACGCUCCUACCAUGUUCCAUUUAAUGUGGUGGUGAUGUUUUCAUGCAUUCUAAGGAUUAAAUACCUUUUGUAAAUCUU